AUGAAGCUGGAUGUCACGACACAUUGGAAUUCAACUUUUGAAAUAUUGGAUUCAACAAUAGAUUUGAGACCUGCCAUCUGUCACUAUGCGGAGCGUGAUAGUGCGUAUGUUUGGCUGCCUUCUGAAGAUGAUUGGUCAAGAGCUGAAUCAGUUCGUAAGUUCCUUGCUAUUUUUUACAACAGCACGAAAAAAUUUUCAGGCUACAAGUAUCCAAUAGCAAAUAUAUUUUUUCUUGAACUUUGGAAGGUAAAAGAUGCCUUGCGCAAAAGUAGUAGUGGACAAGACUUUUUACGCUUCAUGACCAUGGGUAUGCAGAUAAAGUUUGAUAAGUAUUGGUCUGAGUGUAGUCUGGUAAUGGGUGUUGGAGUCAUUCUUGAUCUCCGAUACAAGAUGAUUAUGGUUGACUUCAUAUGUAAUAAGUUGUAUGGUUUGAUGGGUGUUGGUGAGGCUGAAAAGAUUUCUGGUGCAGCCAGUGAAUUGUACAAUUUGUAUGUGUGUGCCGCAAAAGAACAAUCUCCUCAUGUAGGUUCUAGUUCUGCUGUUGAUGAAUCGCAAGAAGACAUGACAGAUGAUUUUAUGUCUUACUAUGCACAGGUGAAAGGGACUCAAGUACGAUCACAGACGCAUAGAUCAAAACUUGAAGAGUAUCUCAAGGACGAUCUUCUAGUUCUAAACAAAGGCGAUGAGUUUGAUGUUUUGGAGUGGUGGAGGGCGAGAUCUGGUAAGUUACAGUACCCUGUGCUCUCAUUAAUGGCACGUGACAUAUUAUCAAUUCCAAUUUCAACUGUGGCUUUAGAAUCUGCUUUCAGUACGGGGAGUAGGGUCAUAAGCAAGUAUAGAAUCUCACUUACACCUAAAUUAGUUGAAGCGCUCAUUUGUACUCAGGAUUGGCUACAUCCGAUGUGGGGGAAAGAGACCUCUAUCCAUGAGGAGUUUGAUGAAGAGGAGAGUGUCAAGAUUGAAGAGACAGUGUAA